AUGACCCGCCGCUCCAGGAAAGGCAAGGAUAGACAGUUGAAGAACGUGUUGCUUCACUAUGACCGAGCCGAUGAAUGCAGAAACCGCCUCGGCUUGACAGAGGACAACAGGAAGAGAAAUGCCGGGACGAGGAAGAUAGACUGUCCCUUUGAACGAUUUGCAAGCAAGUGCCAGGGGCAAUGGUUUUUGAAUGCUCGCAUCAACGAGCACAACCAUGAUUUGGACGUCGACGACUUGUCUGGUCAUCCCUCUGCCUGUGCACUUACAAACGACCAACACAUAAUGGAGCAGAUCAACGCUAGAUAUGUAGAAUUGGCUCCGCAUCAACAGGUGGCAGUCCGGAGGAACUUGCUGGAGUUGUUGUACUGCCCAUCAGAGCUUAUACAGAGUCCUCUACGACAAGAGAGAACUCGAGGAAGACCUGCCGGUGCAGUCAACCGACGAACCAACGAUUCCUCAUCAACGAGAAGGGAGCCAUCUGGCUUUGAGCUAAUUUAA